AUUGGUCUCAGAAACUUCCUGCUUCGUUCUUCCUCUAAUAUGAGAUUAGGAAGCCAGCUAAAAUCAAUACCAAAAUGACUGUAUACUCGGAAUAAACAGCAGUGUGGUCAGCCCUUCGUCAGUAGCAUCAUCCUUCGCUUUACGUGUCGUGUUUUUUUGUCCGUCGUGCGGCGCUUGACGAGGAACAGCCGGCUGCCAGCUGAAGUGGAUUAUUUCGCUCGGAGGGGAUUGCAGCCAUGAUGGCGUCAAGCUACAACGCCAAAGAAGAGGACGGACAUCACUCGAGCGGCUCGAGUCAUGGCGGCGCGGGGGCUGUCAAAAGCAAAAAGCCGGACAACACGGCGUUCAAGCAGCAGAGACUGCCGGCCUGGCAGCCCAUCCUGACGGCGGGCACCGUCCUCCCUGCUUUCUUCGUCAUCGGCCUCAUCUUCAUCCCCAUCGGCAUCGGCCUGUACGUCACGUCAAACAACAUCAAAGAGUUCGAGAUUGAUUACACUGGUGCUGAGGUGUCAAGUCCGUGCUUCAACUGCGCCAAGAACUUCAGCUGGAACAGCACAACAUCCUGCAACUGCUCUGUCCCUUUCACCCUGGAGCAGCCCUUUGAGAGCAAUGUGUUUAUGUACUACGGCCUAUCCAACUUCUACCAGAAUCACAGACGCUAUGUGAAAUCCAGGGACGACAGCCAGCUGAAUGGUGAUAGGUCGUCGUUGAAGAACCCAAGCAAGGAAUGUGAGCCAUACCGGACAAGUGAUGGUCUGCCUAUCGCUCCAUGUGGAGCUAUAGCCAACAGUCUCUUCAAUGACACUCUGGAGUUGUAUUACAUUCACUCCAACGGCUCCAGCACUGCCAUCCCCCUGGUGAAGAAGGGCAUUGCGUGGUGGACAGACAAGCAUGUCAAGUUCAGGAAUCCUGGUGGAAGCAACAACAACCUCACUGCGGCUUUCCAAGGCACAACCAAGCCGGUGAACUGGAGGAAGCCGGUUUACGAGCUGGACCCCUCUGACUCGGACAACAACGGCUUUAUCAACGAGGACUUCAUUGUGUGGAUGCGCACGGCCGCCCUGCCCACCUUUCGUAAGCUCUACCGCAUCAUCCAGAAGAAGCCCAACAUGACGCCCACUCUGCCCAGUGGCAAAUACCUCCUGGAGGUCACCUACAAUUACCCCGUGCACAGCUUCGACGGUCGGAAGCGCAUGAUCCUGAGCACCAUCUCAUGGAUGGGCGGCAAGAACCCGUUCUUGGGCAUCGCUUACAUCACCGUGGGCUCAGUCUGCUUCUUCCUCGGCGUGGUCCUGCUCAUCAUCCACCACAAAUACGACAACCGCAACAACAGCGCUGAUAUCCCCAAUUAAGCCUCCACUGCCCCCCCCACCCUUCUGCAUGCCUGGGCGGCCCCACAGCCCCCACCCCGUGCUGGACUGCUCGUCGACUUUUAGCCUGAAUGCACCGGUCUCUGUAGAUGUCUGUUAAGUGUUUGUGUAAUGUUAGCACACACCUGCCGGCCUCCUUCACAGCGGUCAGGUGUCUGUUCUGGAAAACGCUGGGCUGAUAUGUAGAACAAUCAAGGCGGAGGAAGGAUGCUGGAGCUUUGGAUUCUGCGUCUGUGUGCGUACGGUGUCGCUUUUGAAGAUGGCUGCUGAAAAAUGUUGUUCCUGGUCUUCGAAUACAUAAAUGUGUUUUAUUUUCUAUUUAUCUAUACAUUAUCAAAGUACAUAUAUUUUGUCUCAGUAGUGCUUUGCGAAUGGCUUAAUUAUUGAAGGAUGUGUGUAUUUUUAAAGAGUGUUUUUGUCCAUAUUAUGUACUGUAAUAUGUCCUGCUGAUGAAUGUACCAUUCUGUUUCACUGACAUACCUCUGUGGUUAUUUUAUUGGCUUGAAUAUAUUACUGGGAGCACUGAUGGUGAACAAGAAAUACUUUACUCUUGUGAAGACAGACUAUUAAUGACAUACUAUACCAAACGUGGUAAUAUUAUCUACCCUCAGCACCCUUAGGAAUUAUUGAAUACUCAGUUUCUUAUCUUACAAAGAAAUAAUUAUUGAUGGAAAAAUGAUCCAGUAGUUGUUGAUAACAGCACAGAAAUGAUUUGUUUUUUCUAUUUUGACCUGAUCAAAUUAGAUUCUCUAUCAGUUCAGUGCUGACCAAGUGAAAUGCACUUUAACAGUGUCACAUUUUGUUAAACUUUUCCUUUUUUUUCUUCCUCAUUUCAUUCCGCCCUCCUUUUAUGAAACCGUGUUCUCGGAUAACUGAACGUGAAAUCCGAGGAAAUUGUUUAAAUCUGAAGUUUAUGGGUUUUUAUAGGGUUUGUAAGGUCGUAUUAAAGAACUGUUGGCCAACG